AUGGAUACGAACGCAGGAACCGCGUGCUCAGUGCUUGGCCCGCCAGAAUUCCCCAAUCAUCGAUCUGAUAGUCGCCAUGAUGAACCCCGAAGACAGCCCGCCGGCUUCUUGUUUGUCGAUUAUCAGGACCAGGCUUCCCACGGCUCAACGUUGGCCAAGAAGAAGCAGGCCUUCAUCAAGAAGGUCUAUCAUCAGUCCAAAAAGGAACGACGACUGCAAAAGCUGAAAGCUUCCAUCGGCCAACCCAUCAAUCCUUCCGCCAAACCCAAGAUCCCCCACAUUCCCCAUCGAACAAUACGGAGGAUCCAGCUCCUUCGACCGAGCGUUGCGGCCCGCUGGGAUUGA